CCAUAGGCUGGGCCAUGCCUACCAAACGCUCGGCGGUCACGUGGGACGCCGCUGCGCCGCCGCGGAGAAAGCUGGGCCAAGAUGGCGACAGUGAGGAAGGCGCUGCUGCGGAGACUGGUGGGCUUGGCGUCCCUCCCGGCUGUCAGCACCUCAUCUGGGGGUACUUUCCCAAAGCGGGUGAAAAUUGUGGAAGUUUGUCCUCGAGACGGACUACAAAAUGAAAAGAAUAUCAUACCUACUCCAACAAAAAUCAAGUUGAUAGACAUGCUUUCUGAAGCAGGACUCCCUGUUAUAGAAGCCACCAGCUUUGUGUCUCCCAAGUGGGUUCCUCAGAUGGCUGACCAUGCUGAAGUCUUGAAGGGCAUCCGGAAAUUUCCUGGCAUCAACUACCCUGUCCUGACCCCAAAUUUCAAAGGCUACCAGGCAGCGGUUGCUGCUGGAGCCAAGGAAGUGGCCAUCUUUGGAGCUGUCUCUGAGCUCUUCACCAGGAAGAACAUCAACUGCUCCAUAGACGAGAGUUUGCAGCAGUCUUAUGAAAUCUUGAAGGCAGCUCAGGCAGCCAGUAUCCCUGUGCGGGGGUACAUCUCCUGUGUGCUUGGAUGCCCUUAUGAAGGGAAGAUCUCCCCGGCUAAAGUAGCUGAGGUCGCCAAGAAGUUGUACUCAAUGGGCUGCUACGAGAUCUCCCUGGGGGACACCAUUGGCGUGGGCACCCCUGGGAUCAUGAGGGAUAUGCUGUCUGCUGUCAUGCAUGAGGUGCCAGUGGCUGCCCUGGCUGUCCACUGCCAUGACACCUACGGCCAGGCCCUAGCCAACACCUUGAUGGCCCUGCAGAUGGGAGUGAGUGUCGUGGACUCUUCUGUGGCAGGACUUGGAGGCUGUCCCUAUGCACAAGGGGCGUCUGGAAACUUGGCCACUGAGGACCUAGUCUACAUGCUGACCGGCCUGGGCAUUCACACGGGUGUGAACCUCCAGAAGCUCCUGGAAGCUGGGGCCUUUAUCUGUCAAGCCCUGAACAGAAAAACCAGCUCCAAAGUCGCUCAGGCUACCUGUAAGCUGUGAGAAGCCCUUCCUGUAAGCCCCAGAAGCCCUGGGGACUAUGUGGGAAUAGGGACACUUGUGGAUGAUUCACAGAUGGACUUGUGGAAAUGGGAAUGAAAUUAACAGGAGCAGGCACCUCACUGCCAGCUCUGCACAAGGAUGUCUUCUGGCAGAAAGGAGGUGGACAGGAGCUGCCUGGCCUCAGGUCUUCCCUGCCUGACCUGAGUGCAAGUGAGAGGCGUGGGCAGCUGGAGGUCUCCCUUCCCUAUGGACUCAAAGGCCCAGUAGUUGGAUGCCUGAGGGCACUUGGGAACCCAGUUCCCUGGCUUGGGUUGAUCUUCAAGUCUCACCUCUGGGUGAAGCCUGCCAGCUGGCCACUCUGCACAACUUGAUGCUGCCAUAUUCUUGGGGCCAUCACUCUCUGACUUUGUAGGGCAAUGGGGUAUGGGGGAGUUUUCCCCCCAGCUGGCAGAGGGCAUUUGGUGAAGGGGGGGUGAGGGCUGAGCUGUGGUGGCCACCUGCCAACUCCAGCAGCUCUGGAAAAUCUCCACUUUGAUUUAUAAAUUCACUUAUGUAAUUAAAGAUUUAAUGACAUAACCA